AUGUCGGUAUCAUAUACUGGUUCUGCUAGCUCCAAGCAUGCCGAGGAAGCUUCAGACACAUGCAAUAUUGUCAUAUUCGGAGAAGCAGGAGCUGGCAAAAGCUCCUUGAUCAAUUUGAUCACUAGUACAGAAACGGCACCGACAUCCUGCGACACUUUGGGAUGUACAAUUGGAACCAACGUCUACGAGCACUACGUCGGGAUUCAAGGCAAGAUCUUGAAGGUAAACCUUUUUGAUACAGCCGGUCUUGAUGAGGGCUCUGAGGGCAUAGUCCCCGACGGGGAAGCUCGGAAGAUUUUGAAGGAGCUUCUUCGAACACUUCUGGAGCGAGAUGGCAUUCAUCUCCUCAUAUACUGUGUGCGCAGCACGAAAGGAAUCAAGGCACUCUGCCGUAACUACGAAUUAUGUCUCUCCGAAGUCAAGCAAAGGGUUCCAAUCGUCCUUGUCGUUACAGGUCUAGAAGACAAACUACCAGAAAUGGAAGGAUGGUGGAAGACCAACCAGCAAUCUAUCUCACAGUUCGGCAUGACCUUUGCUGGCCACGCAUGCAUCACCGCACUGACCCUCGACGGAGAUGCAACAGAUACGCUCAAGCGGCGCCGCCACCAGUCAUAUGACGCCGUCUGCAAACUUAUUGAGGAGUGUCGUGCAAAGAACAAGCCUAAAAACAUCGUAAUCUUUGGGGAGACGGGGGCAGGCAAGAGUUCGCUCGUCAACCUCAUGGCGAGAAAGGAAGUGGCAGACACAUCUCCUGACACGAAACGCUGCACGUUACACUGGAAAGACUACACCAUCGGCUUCGGUGGCGAGUCUUACAAGGUGUUCGAUACCGUUGGGCUCGAGGAACCGCAACUGGGGAUCACCGAGUACCUCGGGUCUGUCGAAAAUGCCUAUAGGCUUAUCAAGGAAUUGGACCGACAAGGCGGCAUUGAUCUGCUUCUGUUCUGCAUUCGUGCUGGCAGACUCAGUCCUACAAUUCAGAGCAAUUACCGGCUAUUUCACGAAUUCCUAUGCGAGAAGAAGGUUCCCAUUGUUCUUGCGAUCACGAACCUCGAAAGAGAGAAACGGAUGGAGGACUGGUGGGAGAGAGAACAUAACUGCCUCGAACAACACGGGAUCCUGGUCGCUGGUCAUGCGUGCAUCACCGCCGCUAAUAAAUUGGAUGGCCGACACAAAGACCUUUAUGAAGAAUCGCGCGUCACGAUUCGCAACCUUGUGAAGCAGUAUAUUGCUGACAAGCAGAAGCCAGCAUGGAUAGGAGGGGACAACCUGUUCGUGGCGUUGAUGCGUAAGCUGAAGGAGCUACUUGAAAGAAAUUCGCGCCUGAAGAGGAAGGAUGUUGCCUCUCGCCUCACGAAGCGUUGCGGUAUGUCUAAAGAAGUCGCAAAAGAGCUGGCUAAUAUGAUUAAGUAUGAUGUCGUUGCUGCUGGGUAAUCACCCACUUCACUUUUCAUAUUCGCACUCAGAUCUGCUUGUAGACUUGGUCCUCGUUGAUACGAUACACCACAUAAUUUAAAGGGUUGACAGCUGACAGAAACUUUCCCCCAGGUGAGGUGUGGCUAGGUUCAAGCACAUGCAUCAUGUCUGCAUCGCGAGAAUGUAAGCAGUGACAAGUCCAAUCAAACAUGUCGUCUGAGUGAUCUACUCCAUCUGAAUGUGCUGGUGCGUAUAGCGAGGAAACAGAAUAAGGACGACAGUGCGCAGAUCGACACAACACAAUAGACGAGUACAUCCCACGAGGAUACCCGUCGCCGUAUGAUGGGCACCCGACAUGAGGGUGCUGACUGCCGGGAUGCUGCAACAAAGCAGACAAGAUGUCAGGCGGCAGGAGACCUGGCCGGAACGCUAGUGGUUGGUGUGGCAGAGAGGUUGCAUUGCGCGUCUAUUGAAUUCGUGGGAGGUUUCGUAUACAUAGUACGAGA